UUGCUGAUAUUUACAAUCAUGAAGUCAGACGAUGGAAACAAGGAGAUGAAAAAGGUGAAUUAGUUGCAGGUGGAAAUUAUCAAGGAAAUCAACUUAAUCAACUGAAUGGACCUACUUAUAUGUUUAUUGAUGAAGAUUAUUCUCUUUAUAUAUCAGAUCAAAUGAAUCAUCGUGUAAUGAAAUGGAAAAAAGGUGCAAAAGAAGGAAUCGUUGUUGCUGGUGGAAAUGGUAAAGGAAAUAGUCUCAAACAAUUCUAUGGACCUCAAGGAGUGAUUGUUGAUGAUUUGGGUCAAAUCUAUGUGGCAGAUUGUUCGAAUCAUCGAGUAAUGCGUUGGUGUGAAGGAGAUGCAGAAGGUGAAAUUGUUGUCGGUGGAAAUGGUAAAGGACAUCAAUCAAAUCAAUUGCAUUGUCCCGUGGGUUUAUCAUUUGAUAAUGAAGAAAAUCUUUAUGUUCUUGAUUGGGGAAAUCAACGAAUCCAAAAAUAUGAAAAAAUUUUAAAUUAA